UGAUGACAAAUAGUUUACAAAACAAUUUUUGUUUUUAUUAAAACAUUUUAUUUGUAAAAUGGAUGAUAAUAUAUUUCAAUUUAAAGCACCUGUUUAUUUGGAUUUUCAAAAUGCAAAUGAUUUUAACGUAAUGGGUGAUGAAUUUUUUGACUAUUAUAGGGAGGAUGAGGAUGGAGAAGUAUCUGACAGUACUGAAAAUAAUUCUUCCGCUGCCGAUGAUACUUCACGAAAUAGUUUACGACGAUCUUUGAGUGUUGAUGGUAUCAAUUUACUAAAAAAUAAAAAUGUCAACCAAAACUCGGGUUCAUUGGAAUAUUUAAAUUUAAAUGGCAGUUCAAAAACGAAUCAACCACAAAGACCUAUAUCAAUUGACAAUAUGCAACCAAAAAAAUAUGAAUGCUUGGCUGAAAAAAUACGACAAUUUCAUUUCAAAACACCAGAUCGAUUUAAGUCUAAACCGAAACCAUUUCAAUUUUCUAAAUAUCAACCUGUACAUACAACCAGACCACAAUCACCGCAUCUUACCACCAAAAUGAGAUCUAGACCUACUCAUAUUUUAACGGCUGAAGAAAGAGAACGAAUGGAAAUGGAGGAAAUCAAAAAGCAUCAAUUUAAAGCUCAGGAAGUCAAUAAGAACAUUUUCAAAGUUCCAAAGAGCACGGCAAUAGCUGUUGAAAAAAAACCAAUCACCAAUUUUGAGCCAUUUAAUUUGACUGAAGUGAAGAAAAAAGUAGCACCAUCUAAAGAAGAAUUUAAGUUUCAAGCAAAUCCAGUGCAAAAGAAAAUGUUUGAAAGUGUUAUUGGAAUACCGGAAAAACAGCCAAUUAAAUCAACAAUUCCCAAAACACCAACAUUUAUGAAAGAAUCACGUCUUCGAAGUAAACAUUUAGGAAUUAAUUCUAAAAGUGGAUUAUUAGAAUAUCAAGAUGAUGCACACCAUGGUAUUCAACUUCAUAAAUCACCAAAACCCACUACAGCUAAACCAUUUAAUGUUAUAAAACGUGGAGAGGAAAGUCAACGAAGGAAGGAGGAAAAAAUUAAACAAAUUAUAAACGAAGAGAAAAAGAUGCGUGAAUUUCAUGCGAAGCCAGCUCCCAAAUUUCUACGACCAAAAAGUAAUAGUAAUAGCGAUGUUACUAGUAUAAGCGGCAAUAGUUCACAAGAUUCAAAUGAAGAAAAUUCCACUUCGACACUAAAUACCUUUAAAGCUCGCCCGGCUACGGUUUUACAGAAGAAACCAUUCGUGCCUAUUUUAAAACCACGCCCGCUAAUUGAAGUACAACAAUUUCAGUUAGCUUUGGAUGAACGGAUAAAAAAGAGGGAGGAAUUUGAACAAAAAAUGAAAGAAAAAGAAGAUAUUAAGCAACAAAUGCUUCGAAAGCAAGAAGAAUUAAAACGUCUUGCAGAAAAAGAGGAAUUAAAUCGUCUUCGCCAAGAAGCAAUAAUUAAAGCGCAACCGAUAAAAAAAUUCAAAGAAUUUAUUUUAAGACCGUCAGCCAUGGAUUUAACAUCACCUCAUACUCCAAAAUUUUCAUCUCGAAUUAAAAAAUAAUACCUGAUUAAUGAU